AAUUGCUCGGAAUGGAGUACUUGUACAGCCAGACCGGCAAAGCACUGACGCAAGUGCUCCAGAACCCAGUGGAGGAGGCCAGACUGGUGGAGGAGAUCAACGAUGAUGACCUUCAAGAUGAGGGAUUUGAAGAAGAGACAACAGAGGACUUCACAGUUCCUGUGCUCCACGAGGAUGACCCCUCCCGUCAACUGCCCUCAUCGCUGAUGGAGAUUCCUCAGGCCUCUCCACCUCAGGCCCCUGCAUCACCUGAUGAUCUGCCGUCCAGGUCAUGUGAUGGAGGACAACAUCCUGCCGCUGACCCUUCAGUACUGUCCGAUGAGGCUCAGGAAGCAGUCAUUGGACCGAAUGGGGUCGCUGGGUGGGACAAAGUCCAGGACCUCGCCGCUUACCUGGUGGGUCUCCGUGAGGCCUCUUACCUCACUCCACUGCAGGUGACCCAGGUCAUCCAGCUGUGGACAGCUCUCCCUGACUGCGACAAGAUGCGGGUCAACUACCAGCCUCGUUAUCAGGAGCGACUGACACAUGGCCGUUUUAAGGCUCCCAAGCGGUCUGGAGUCACGCCGGGUGUGGAGAGCGUUAAGCGCUGCUUAAUAGGACAUCCUGGGGGGCCAGCUCAGUGGCCUGCCACCAGCCGCUUCUUUGAGGCCAUGUGUAAAACACUGUGCACUUUGCACAAGACGACCACCAAGAAGGCAGGAGUAACCACCCCCAGAUGGUCAAAGAUUCUCCACGACUACCACCACAUCCGGGAUCUAGUGCUCAACAGUCCUAGGGUUAUGCAGGGCACAAAGAUCCAGCUCUUUGAGAUUAAUCAGCGGACACUCAUUCAAUGGUUUCAACGGCAUCAGAAGAACCAGGAGAUGAGUGUCCUUUCUCAGGGAGUGGCUUCCACCAACCUGAUUCCUGUGGCACCUGACCAGCUUCCACCACCGAAGGAACAACUGCAGCUCCUUCCUCCGACAUCAGGCCCACAGCAUGAAUUUGUCCUCCCUCCAAAUCUGGAGGGGCAAGCUCCUGAUCUGCGGCCAGGCCGACGCCCGGCUGCUGCCACCAGAGAGCGCCCCAUCGCACCUGCCCCCACUGCACCAGACUUCGCAAGGCUCAUGUCAGCUCCUAGGAUGUUGCCUGCUUGUGCCUCAACAUCCAGUGCAGGCCCAGCUCCACUUGUUCCUGCUCCAGCUGCUCCUGUGUCCCGGUUCACAAAGAGGAACAGGCAACGUCGGGCCCCUGAGGAGGAGAGUGGAGUGGGGAAAAGGAAAUACAUGAGAGGGGUCACCUACAACACCUGUAGCCAAUGUGGGCAGCCCAAAACCAAGGACUUUGGGCACAGUCGUCAUGGCAGUGCCACCUUCUGCUCACGUGCCUCAAAUGGCAAAUCCCUGAACGAUUGGUUGGCAGAACAAAGAGCAGCAACAUAAACUUAACUUUGAAUCUGUGGGCCCUGGGCAGGGAGUUGUUUAUAUUGUGUAUAGUGUAAAGUUUCCUGUAUGCAUACAGUUUUUUCUUAAGUAUGUGUUCAUUUUUAAUACUUGUUUAUUUUACAUCAUGUUACACACACAUAGGUUACACAUAUGUGUGUGUUCAUGUGUGGGUUGGUGUGUUCUCAAUACCUGUUCAUUGUACAUCUUGUGUUCCUUUAGAAUACUUGUUCAUUUUACAUCUUGUGUUCCAAUACAAUUCUGCUUCAUUUACAUCUUGUGUUCCAAUACAAUGCUUGUUCAUUUUACAUCUUGUGUUGUUCCUAUACA